UCAAGAACGUUUGUUCAUCUGCCCACCGCCACCGCUGCCUGCUCGCGGGUUAGGCUUGCUCCCUGUCCACGUAACUCGUCCUGUGUAUCAAUCACCUGCUCCGCCACCGCGCAUAUAAAAAGGAGCGUCCUCUACGUUUCUGAGCAUCUUGAUCUUGCCUCUGCGCUCUGCACCAACGCCCUGCUUGCUUCUGCCCAACCCGCUCCUCGUCAGCACCCAGUCCCUUGCGCCACAGCCAACAUACUCAUGGAGCGCUUUCUCGCGCCGCAGAGCCCCGAGGCUCUCGCACACAACCAGCUCAAUGAAAACUGGUUUUCUUGGGACAUCGAGCACCCCUCCUUGAAUGAGACGCUGAUCGCUGGGUGCGCCACAUACGAGGCGUUCAAACGCUACCUCAGCGGUUCGGACCUGUAUCUUCUCCCCAGAACAAGGACAGAGCUCGAGAACAUAAGUAAGAGAUAUGCGUACGACACUAUCCACAAUGCAAUUGCGAAGGCACGUUCGCCGCUUGAGCGUGGCGGCUACAGCCGGGUAUGCUGCGAGAGUUCUAGUGCUGUCCUGGCCAUCAUGGCUAACGUAUGCCAUGUCUGCAGAUGUGUCACCUUUUGGACUUGCACGACACGCAGAGGAACUCUAUGGUCGACAUGGGCACGUCACCGCCUACAAGGUCCGUCAAAAUCAAGUGAACAGCCGCCUGGCUUGCCUUAUCCGACCAUCUCGCUAUGUUCCGGGAGCAUGGGUCUCCCUUCUCUCGUCUCGCAUGACCGUUAUCGCACAGCUGCCGUGUAUAAUGCCUGUACCCAGAACCCUGCGCCUGUACCAGUAUAACUUAUUCGCCAGCAGAGAAAUGAAUGUGUUUAUAGAGAAGAGGCGUCGAAUUCUGU